AUGGGACCUGAAAAGCCAAUUAGGUCAGAAGAAGCCCGAGCAAGAGCUGAAAGGAGUAGACAGGAAGCUCUUUUAAGACUUCAACGUAACCAAUCUUUGAGGAAUGGAAGUGUUGCCCCUCAGACUUUGAGUACUAUUAGACCUACUCUUAGAACUCCAUCUAACUUUACAAACGCCUCUCAUGGAAGACCUAAUCUCUCAAGAAACAUAUCAGCACCUUCUGGUGGUAGCUUAUCAAAAGUUAUUCGCGCAUCUGUAGUUUCAAAAUCGAAUGUAGCUCCAGUUCAUGUAAAGCGUCCUGCACCUUCCGGAUCAUCUAAUUAUUCAAGAGGAGCGAAAGUUCCAUCAUUUGGUGCUAAAACUCCGGCUGUUCGAGCAGUCUGUGUUCUGAUAAGUAGGAAGGAAUUUGAAGUUCAGGCGAGGUAUCAUGCAGGCUUAAUAGCCGUGUGCAAAUCGCUUCCCACUCGUGUUUAUGAUGAUAAUACCAAGAAAUGGCACUUUAACCUAUCCGACUAUCGUGAGUUCUUAAAGCGGGCUUCUGGACUUGAAGGAAUUAGUUUAGAAGGACUAUCUAGUGCAGUUGUUACUGCGUUUAAAUCACAAAUAGAUGGAAAUGAAUCACCUGCAGAAAUGGAAGCGGACGUCGAUUUGAGUGACAGCAUUCCUCGGUCUCUUAAUGAUUCUCUUUUGGGAUUUCAACGCGAGGGCGUCAAGUUUGCGUUGAAACACGAUGGUCGGGUUCUUUUGGCAGACGAUAUGGGCCUGGGCAAAACCCUGCAAUCCCUAGCGAUAGCUGCCGCCUACCGAUCGGAGUGGCCUCUUCUCAUAGUCACCCAACUCUCACUUCGAUGUGCCUGGCGCGAGGCUAUUCUCACUUGGCUUGGUCCUUGUCUCAGCAUAACUUCCUCCGAUAUCUACACUGUGGAAUCGCUAAAUGACGCUCUCAAUUCGAUUCAACACAUCUGGUCUAGAAAGCCCAUCACUAUAUUCACCUAUGAUCUUGUCUCUAGGUAUGUAGAGAAAGCGGGACCUGCAACUUUAACGAACUUCAAGAUUGUUAUUAUGGUAUGUCUUUUCUUGUAUAAUGUCGUAUGGAAAUGGUUUCUAAACCUUCCGAUUACUAGUACUAGUAGCACUGUGUGUGUUGGAUAG